GGGGCCUAGAAUAGUAUGAGGCAGGUUAAAGAACUCUUUUCUUCUCUGGGAGUUGACUGUAAUAUCUUGGAACUUGAUCAAGUUGAUGAUGGGGCCAGUGUUCAAGAGGUGCUGUCGGAGAUCACUAAUCAGAGGACUGUGCCCAGUAUCUUUGUGAAUAAAGUGCACGUGGGCGGAUGUGACCGAACUUUCCAGGCACAUCAGAGUGGUUUAUUACAGAAGCUCCUUGAGGAAGAUCCAGCAUAUGAUUACGACCUCAUUGUCAUUGGUGGUGGCUCUGGCGGCCUUUCGUGUGCUCAGGAAGCCGCCGUUUUGGGGAGGAGAGUCAUGGUGCUGGACGUUGUGGUCCCGUCGCCCCAGCGCACAUCGUGGGGUCUUGGUGGCACUUGUGUGAAUGUUGGCUGCAUCCCUAAGAAGUUGAUGCACCAAGCCGCCCUUUUGGGCCAGGCACUAACUGACUCAAGGAAGUUUGGCUGGGAGUACAGUCAACAAGUGAAGCACAACUGGGAGACCAUGACCGAAGCCAUUCAGAACCACAUCGGCUCUAUGACCCGGGGCUACCGGCGGGCUCUGAGGGAGAAGGCGGUGGCCCACGUCAACUCCUGCGGGGAAUUUGUUGAACACCAUAAAAUCAAGGCAACCAAUGGAAAGGGACAGGAAACGUUUUAUACUGCAGCAAAAUUUGUCAUAGCAACAGGGGAAAGGCCGCGCUAUUUGGGAAUCCAAGGAGAUAAAGAAUACUGUAUUACUAGCGAUGACCUCUUCUCUCUGCCCUACUGCCCGGGCGCGACCCUGGUGGUGGGCGCAUCCCCCGCGGCGCUGGAGUGCGCAGGCGUCCUGGCCGGCCUGGGCCUGGAGGUCACGGUCAUGGUGCGCUCGCAGCUGCUGCGGGGCUUCGACCAGGAGAUGGCCGAGAAGGUGGGCUCCUCCAUGCAGCAGCUCGGCGUCCGAUUCCUGCGCAAGUUCGUGCCCGUGGAGGUUCAGCAGUUGGAGAAGGGGUCACCCGGGAAGCUGAAGGUAGUGGCUCAAUCUACGGAAGGAACAGAGAUGAUUGAGGGCCUUUACAACACGGUUUUGUUAGCAAUUGGUCGUGACUCCUGUACGAAGAAAAUCGGGCUGGAGAAGAUUGGUGUCAAAGUCAAUGAGAAGACUGGCAAAAUCCCAGUGAACGACGUGGAGCAGAGCAGCGUGCCCUACGUCUACGCCGUCGGGGACGUCGUGGAGGGUAAGCCUGAGCUCACGCCCGUCGCCGUGCAGGCGGGCAAGCUGCUGGCUCGAAGGCUUUUUGGGGGCCGUUCAGAAAAGUGUGACUAUAUUAAUGCCCCCACCGUGGUGUUCACGCCCCUGGAGUACGGCUGCUGCGGGUACGCGGAGGAGAAAGCUGUGGAAGUGUACCGGAAGGAGAAUCUGGAAGUCUACCACACUUUGUUCUGGCCUCUCGAGUGGACAGUGGCCCGCAGAGACAGCAACACCUGUUACGCAAAGAUCAUCUGCAGUAAAUUCGACAAUGAUCGGGUGAUAGGAUUUCACGUCCUUGGACCGAAGGCCGGUGAGAUCACCCAAGGAUUUGCAGCCGCCAUGAAGUGUGGGCUCACAAAGCAGCUGCUGGACGACACCAUUGGGAUCCACCCCACGUGUGCAGAGGUGUUCACUACCUUGGAGAUCACGAAGUCAUCGGGGCUGGACAUCACGCAGAAGGGCUGCUGAGGCUAAGCUGCUGCUGUCGCUUUCCUUGUCCCGCUCCCGUUUCUGUGAAGGCGGCGUGCUCUCGGGUAAGCCCGGGGACAGUGUGGGGACAAGGAGGCGGGACAGAAGCAGUGCCGUCCACCCGCCUGGCUGACGGGGGGUGGAGGGGGGCAGCCACGCUGCGUCCUUGACGUCUUAGCUCGGAGCCGCCAGGUGAGCCAAGACUGACCUCUUCCCCAUCAGCUCCCCAGACAGACCUUUUAGUCACACGACUCAUCCAAGUCGAUGUCCCUGGUUGCUAGUGUUUUUAUCCCCUUGCUUUGCUGAGUCCACGGAAGUAUUUUCUUUUAUGAAACUGCCUAUAAAGUGGGCAUCUUCAGCGCAUGGGCGUCUGGGACGCCCCCGUAGCUGCCGCGGAGCGCUAGCGCGCCGUCUUCUCCUGUGGGCACGUGUGGAGCCAUGGGCAGACCUCCUCGCCCUCUUCUGGUUCCCGAAAGUGACCACCUGGCCGCUCUCCUCUUCGUGUCACUGGACUGAGCAGAAUAUCUCACGUCAGAGAGAGAUGCUUGGACUUCUCAUGUUGAUCUUAAGAAUAAUAUUAAAAAGUUCUCAAUACUGUAUCAUGUGAAACGUAAUUGAAAACUAUUUACGUGGU